GGAUUAUAGGAGAAGCUGCGACGAGGUCGACAACAGCAUCCUGCCCCGAACAGCACGCAGCACGCAGGCGGGCGGAGUUUGGUCCGGUGGCCGAGCGAGUCAGAGUAACCGAGGCUAUUUCGGAUUCACUGUCGCCGAAGAGGAAGGAGGAGAGAGGUUGAACGGUUCAAGUUUGUAGCCUCAUGUUCCGAAGCAGCUAACGAGCUAUCCGUCACUACUGCCGCUCAACGUCUGCUGUGCGCCUCCGAGCCGAGCGGCAAGCAGCGUGUUCCUGCUGGAAAUACGAAUACAGCCGUGUGUUUCUUCCGGGGAUUCUUCACUUCCCCCACCGAGUCUGUGGGUUAAAACUUAAUUUUUCUACCGUGUUUUCUCGUUCAUCGUUGUUUUUGUGCCAUGUCAGCGCCGUCCUCUACAGCCUCCGCUCCGGCAGACAGCGCCGCGACAGAAUAUGACUUUCUCGCCCCGGAUGCGGGGCUGAGGCCGCCCGGUCCGACGCCCAGCCAGAGCCGCUUCCAGGUGGACCUUGUGGCUGAGGCAGCGGCCGCCACCGAAGAUAAAUCCCCAAGUUCGGACGCCUCCACCACUGUCCCAUCCAGCGAUAAGGCCACUCCCAGCGGUCCUUCGGAGGCUCCGGCUGCUGAGCCUGGUGCCGGCGGAGAGGAAGCCAAAGGCCGGUUUCGGGUGGUGAACUUCGCGGAUCCGAGCGGAUCGGGGAGCGCGGCCUCUCCAGAGGCAGCGCCGGCUGAUGGGUUGCAGAACGGGGACACGGUGAUGAGCGAGACCAGCUUGCACUCAUCUACAGGGGGCCAGCAUCAUUAUCACUAUGACACACACACCAACACCUAUUAUCUGAGGACUUUUGGCCACAACACCAUCGAUGCCGUGCCCAACAUCGAUUUUUAUCGGCAGACCGCGGCGCCGCUGGGGGAGAAACUCACCCGACCCACCCUGUCGGAGCUGCACGACGAGCUAGACAAGGAGCCAUUUGAGGAUGGGUUUGCUAAUGGUGAUGAGCUGACCCCGGCUGAGGAGGCUGCUGCCAAAGAAGCAGCUGACUCCAAAGGGGUGGUCAAGUUUGGCUGGAUUAAGGGGGUGCUGGUCCGUUGCAUGUUGAACAUUUGGGGUGUGAUGCUCUUCAUCCGCAUGUCAUGGAUCGUGGGUCAGGCUGGAAUUGCUCUCUCCUGUUUGAUUGUCCUCAUGGCUACCGUAGUGACAACCAUCACUGGCCUCUCCACCUCUGCCAUUGCUACCAAUGGAUUUGUUCGAGGAGGUGGAGCAUAUUACCUGAUUUCGAGAAGUCUGGGCCCAGAGUUUGGAGGUUCUAUUGGUCUCAUCUUUGCCUUUGCCAAUGCAGUGGCUGUAGCCAUGUAUGUGGUGGGCUUUGCUGAAACUGUUGUGGAGCUUCUUGCUGGAGUGGAUGCCAUUAUGACAGAUGAAAUCAACGAUAUCCGUAUCAUCGGGACCAUCACAGUCAUUCUUCUCCUGGGCAUCUCUGUGGCAGGAAUGGAAUGGGAGGCCAAGGCCCAGAUAUUCCUGCUGGUUGUCCUCAUCACAGCCAUCAUCAACUACUUCAUUGGCACCUUCAUUCCUGUCCAGUCAAAGGAAUCUGCGGGCUUCUUCGGAUAUGACGGUGCAAUCAUGUGGGAAAACAUGGGUCCUGACUUCAGAGAAGAGACCUUCUUCUCUGUCUUUGCCAUCUUCUUCCCUGCAGCCACUGGUAUUCUGGCUGGAGCCAACAUUUCAGGAGACCUUGCUGACCCACAGCUCGCCAUCCCCAGAGGAACCCUUCUGGCCAUCUUGAUCACAGGGAUUGUGUACUUGGGUGUUGCUGUGUCAACAGGCUCCUGCAUUGUGAGAGAUGCCACUGGGAAUGUUAAUGACACCGUCAGCUCUCAGUUCAUGAACUGCACUGAUGCUUCCUGCAAGUUUGGCUAUGACUUCUCAUCAUGUAAGAGUGAAAAAGGCAGCUGCCAAUAUGGACUCCAGAAUGACUUCCAGGUGAUGAGCCUGGUUUCUGGUUUUGGGCCCAUCAUCACUGCUGGGAUCUUCUCUGCCACCCUGUCCUCAGCUUUGGCCUCUUUAGUCAGUGCACCCAAAGUUUUCCAGGCUUUAUGUAAGGACAACAUUUACCCCGGCCUGGGUAUGUUCGCCAAAGGCUACGGCAAGAACAACGAGCCCCUCCGAGGCUACAUCCUGACCUUCGGUAUUGCUCUGGCCUUCAUCCUCAUAGCUCAGCUGAACGUCAUUGCCCCUAUCAUCUCCAACUUUUUCUUGGCAUCAUAUGCCUUGAUCAACUUUUCGGUGUUCCAUGCCUCACUGGCUAACUCACCAGGAUGGCGCCCCAGCUUCAAAUACUACAACAUGUGGGUUUCUCUGGCUGGAGCUGUGCUGUGCUGCGUGGUGAUGUUUGUCAUCAACUGGUGGGCUGCUCUCCUCACAAACGUCAUUGUUCUGGGUCUUUUUAUCUAUGUCAGCUACAAGAAGCCAGAUGUGAACUGGGGCUCAUCAACCCAGGCUCUGACCUACCACCAGGCCCUGACCCACACUCUGCACCUCAGCGGCGUGGAAGACCACAUCAAGAACUUCAGACCCCAGUGUUUGGUGAUGACUGGUUACCCAAACUCUCGUCCUGCUCUUCUCGAUCUAGUCCACAGCUUCACUAAGAAUGUAGGUCUGAUGAUCUGUGGACAUGUUCGCACAGGCUACAGGAGGCCGAACUUUAAAGAUCUGGCCACAGAUCAGGCCCGGUACCAGCGCUGGCUACUGAAGAAUGAGACCAAGGCCUUCUACACACCGGUGUUCGCUGAGGAUAUGAGGCAGGGGACACAGUACCUGCUCCAGGCUGCUGGGCUGGGUCGCCUCAAGCCAAACACCCUGGUGCUGGGCUUCAAGAAUGACUGGAGAGACGGCGACAUGAUGAAUGUGGAGACUUACAUCAGUAUGAUCCACGAUGCCUUUGACUUCCAGUACGGUGCUGUUAUUCUGCGACUGAAAGAAGGACUGGAUGUAUCCCAUAUCCAAGGACAAGAUGAGUUGCUGUCCUCCCAGGAGAAGUCCUCAGGGACAAAAGAUGUGAUUGUGUCCAUAGACACCAGCAAAGACUCUGACGCAGAUUCAUCCAAGCCGUCCUCCAAGGCCACCAGCCUUCAAAACAGUCCGGCUAUCCAGAAAGAUGACGAUGAUGAUGGCAAAGCACCAACUCAGCCCCUGUUGAAAAAAGACAAGAAGAGCCCAAUUGUCCCACUGAAUGUGUGUGACCAGAGGCUGCUGGAGGCCAGCCAGCAGUUCCAGAAAAAACAGGGGAAGGGCACAGUUGACGUCUGGUGGCUGUUCGAUGAUGGAGGUCUUACCCUGCUCAUCCCCUACCUGCUGACCAAUAAGAAGAGGUGGAAGGACUGCAAGAUCCGCGUCUUCAUUGGAGGCAAGAUCAACAGGAUUGAUCAUGACCGCCGGGCGAUGGCUACUUUGCUGAGCAAGUUCAGGAUAGACUUCUCGGACAUCACCGUGCUAGGAGACAUAAACACCAAGCCCAAGAAGGAGCACGUGGCGGCCUUUGAGGAGAUAAUCGAGCCAUAUCGGCUGAAGGAAGAUGACAUGGAACAGGAAGCAGCUGAGAGACUGAAGAACAGCGAACCCUGGAGGAUCACUGACAACGAGCUGGAACUGUACCGCGCCAAGACUAAUCGUCAGAUCAGACUCAACGAGCUGCUGAAGGAGCACUCAAGCACAGCCAACCUCAUUGUCAUAAGCCUGCCAUUGGCCAGGAAGGGUGCGGUGUCCAGCGCUCUGUACAUGGCCUGGCUGGAGGUGUUGUCUAGGGAUCUGCCUCCCAUCCUCCUGGUGCGUGGCAACCACCAGAGUGUCCUCACCUUCUACUCUUAAAUACACAAGGAGAACACAAUUCAAGUUUUUUAAGUCUCACAUUCACUUCUGUCUGCGGGAGCAGACCCACAUACAUAUGCCAGUUCCAGUCUAAACCUAAAGGUGCACCACAUACUCUUCAGAGACUCCAGCUAGAAAACUCAGCCAUUGAUGGAAACAAUGCUUGGAACAUGAAUGUAGAUGAAGGAAGUGAUAUUGGUGGAGAUGUGUUAAAAGCCCUACAAGUGAUGGAGGUAUGUCAGGGUUGGGAUGGGGGUGUUUGUAAGGUUGCCCACUCUGCUCCUUUCUUUCUAUUUAUUCUAAGAUGUCUGAGAUUUUCUCUUGUAGCUCUAGUUUCUUCUAAUAUACUCAUUACAUUUUCAUUUUUGUCAGAGUUGAUUUCUCUCAGGCUCCAAAGCAGUCAUGUACAAUGUUCCAGUUGUUUUCAUGAUAUGAAAUAUCUUGAUGUCAUACCUUUUGAGUUAAUUGGAUCAGUUGUUUGUGAUGCAGCAAUAAUCACCUUAUUGUUUUCCUUAAAUAUUGGGAGAGAACCAUGCAGAAUGCUUUGCAACACCUUCUAAAGCCUUAUGGAUGUGCCUUCCAGUUGAAUCUGAUAUAACAAAAAAAAAUCUCUAUCCAGAUUGAUAAUAUUACUUAUUAUAUUAGUGGAUAAUAGUUAGUUUUACUGAGUUUUAAAUGUUAUUCCUUCAUAGUUGGAGCAUUUUAUUUAUGCGAGUGGAUUGCAUGAAUUAGUGAAGGGUGUCCACUUGAUUGCAUGAAGACUUUCUCUGUCAUUUUUCUUUCUCUUUCACCCUAAUCAACAUGUUUAUUUUAGGCCAUAGCAUUUUUUUUUAAUUCACUUUUGAGUCUUCCUUUUUAAAGCUGUUGAAUAUUUACAAUAGCCUCAGCUACUCGACACAAGACACAGUUUGUCUUUUAGGCACAGCCUGAAAAUGUUUAUCUGGGUCUUGAAUAUAAGAUCUUGUUUGUCAGAAAAGAUGUGAACCUAGUUUUCCACUAGCCUCGUCAGGUGGAAAGACUAUCUCGUGUAGCUGCUGAGUGACUGAAUGAAGUCUUUCUUUCAACAAAUUUUGUGUUUCUGUGUCCACAUGUAUGGUUCUUCCCCUGAAAAGAAACUGCUGUACCCAACAAGCUAGCUAAAACCUUGCCUUAAUGCUAGAACCAACGAUUGUCAUGAGUCCCUUUUCUCUUAUAAGCCAUACUGGCUGCACAGUUUGUGGGUAAAUGCAGAUAGCGAUCCAUUGGCCACGUUAUGUGAAUUGAACACCAGUAUCAUUUUUUACUGUCUCCACAUUUUGAUUUUCUUCUCAUAGUCCAUCUGCAUUAGUCUGUUGCACUGCUUACUGUAGGCCUGCUUGUUGGUGGUGAAGUGUUCAAUCAACCGAAAGUGAAGUUAGUGCCACAGUAGAGUUGAGUUUUGCACUCCUGCACGCCUGUCUGGCUGCUCGUUUGCUAUCUGAGUGUCUGAUGGACUGCUGGUCUCCCAUUCUGACAAAGCCAAGAUGGGCAGAGAGGAUGAAUGACAUGCAAGCUUCACACUGCAAGACUUGCUGACAGGAAGAAUGUGACAUUAGAAUGUUCCAAGGCUGAAGAAAUACCUCUAUGCAUAUGAGCUUGUGUUGCUUAAGUACUUGUAAUAAAAGUCCAUGUCCAUGUCAAA